AUGCUCAGUCCCAGUACAUCAUUCUUGGUACAUUUUGCCUUUCAGAAGGGUCUUAGUGGACCACUGGUUUUGUCAAUCUUUACAACGUGCUUUGGUUCGUCAUUUCUCUUGGGUUACAACCUGGGCGUCGUUAACUUACCAGCAGAUAAUAUCAAAAAGUUUCUCUCUGAAUACUAUAAUUCGAAUGAGACAUCGUUUCCGAACCCUGAUUUCCUCUAUGGUCAGACGUCCUCUGUGUUGGUGGCCUGUGCCGCAAUCGCAGCCUUUACCUGCGGUUGGGUUGCAGACGGCCUUGGCAGAAAACGCAGCCUCAUGAUAAACAACGUGAUUGGUAUUGUCGGUUCGGUGAUCUCCUCUGUCUGCCUCGUGGCAAAUCAGCCGGCCCUGCUGUACGUCGGCCGUGCAAUCAGUGGUGUGAACUCCGGCUUGAGUAUUGGCAUUGCCGCCAUGUUUCUUACAGAAAUCGCUCCACGUCACCUGCGGGGCAUGAUUGGUGCUUGCAACCAGUUGGCUAUCACAAUCGGCAUUGUCGUUUCCUAUUUGCUGACUCUAACUCACCUCCUGAACAGACCUAACUUGUGGCCUAUUGCCAUGGGGAUUGGUGCGAUUCCCGCUGCGAUCGCUUUCAUCAUCUCACCCUUCAGUAUUGAGUCACCGCGUUGGCUAUACCUCAAGAAGAAGGACGAGGAGGGUGCACGAUCGGCGUUUGUGCGUAUAAGCGGUUCAGAAAAUGUGGACAUGUUUAUUGCUGAGAUGCGCGAGGAAAUGGAGGUUGCCAGGAAUCAGCCGAAGUUCAGGUUUAUUGAGCUCUUCCGCCGAAGAGAUCUAAGAAUGCCUGUCAUCAUUGCCGUUCUCAUCCAGGUGCUUCAGCAACUUUCAGGCAUCAACGCAGUAAUUGCAAAUUCAUCAGAGAUGUUGAAAGGCGCCAAGGUUAUGCCCGAAAUGCUGCAAUACUUUGUGGUCGGCCUCGGUCUGCUGAACGUUAUCUGCACUAUCGUAGCACUGCCCCUGCUGGAGAAGGCAGGUCGUCGAACUCUUCUCCUUUGGCCAACCCUCGUGGUUGCAGUUACCCUCCUCCUUCUUGUUGUCUUUGUAAACAUCGCUAAUCAGGAGGUCGAUGCUACCAAAACGCCCUUCACACUCAUUUCAGCGGUUCUCGUGUUCGUCUACAUGGCGGCCUUCGCGAUGGGUCUCGGCCCGAUGCCUUCAUUGAUCGUCGCCGAGAUCUUCCGGCAGGGACCUCGCGCGGCGGCGUACUCCCUCAGCCAGAGUAUCCAGUGGGCCUGCAACCUCAUUGUUGUUGCCUCUUUUCCCUCUCUAAACAGUCUACUGAAGGGGUAUGUGUACUUGCCCUACCUGGUGGUGGUGGCGUCCUGCUGGGUGGUCUUCUUCCUCUUCAUGCCGGAGACGAAAAACCGCACCUUCGACGAGGUGGCCCGCGACCUCGCCUUCGGCACAAUCGUCGUAGGCAAGCGCACCGCCGCCCUCCAGUCCCCAGUCUUCACGAAGGAGGAGGACGAGGAGGCGGGAGUGGCCCUGCAACCCGCCGCCGCCGCCAAGUCCUCUCUCGCAGCAGAUGCCACCGAGGAGGAGGACUGCGUAAAACUGUAG